AUGGCCUCCAAGUCUUUCUACGCCCUUGUCGCCGGAGUCGGCCCUGGAACCGGUCGCGCUACGGCGUUGAGAUUCGCUCAAAAGUACCCCGUCGUGCUUCUCGCCCGUCGACCCGAGAGCUACGAAGAAGCUGUUGCAGAUAUCAAGAAGGCGGGUGGUCAGGCGAUUGGUAUCACGGCCGACGUUUCCGAUCCCACGAACCUCAAGAAUGCCCUUGCGUCGAUUGACAAGGAGCUUCCUGGUAGUCGACUGGCUGCCGCUGUUUACAAUGUCAACAGCGGUUUCGCCAAGAAGCCUUUUUUGGAGUUGAAGGUUGAGGAUAUUGAUGCUAGUCUCAAUGGGAGCGUGCGGGCAUUCUUCCACUUUGCCCAAGCUACACUACCUCUUCUCCAAAAGUCUGUUCCUGACUCUGAGUAUCCUCCAACCCUGAUCAUCACGGGAGCGACAGCCUCGAUCAAGGGCUCAGCUCAGUUCGGUUCCUUUGCCGCUGGAAAGUGGGCGCUGCGAGCUCUAGGCCAGUCUCUCGCCCGGGAGUUCCAUCCUCAAGGAAUCCAUGUGGCGCAUGCGAUUAUCGACGGUGUUAUUGAUAUUCCUCGCACAAAGGAUUGGCAAGUUAAUGAUGGUGCCGAGGAUGGCAAGAUUAAGCCAGAGGCGAUUGCUGAGACGUAUUGGUAUCUUCAUACCCAGCAUCGAUCUGCCUUUACGCAGGAGGUUGAUAUUCGGCCAUAUGUUGAGAAGUUCUAA